AUGUGCGAAAGCAAGAAUAACGGCUGGUUUGAACCUAUUCCGUCGGAUCAAUAUCAAAAACUAGUGGAAAAAGCGAUUCCCAAAAAUAUACAGACUGUUCCAGAUGAUGAGAUAGUUGGUCAACCAGCAAUUCAUGUAGCAUGUGGCCCUAAUAUCAGAUUUUUGGGCUGUUUGGAAGGUUCUUCGAAUAAUUAUAGGGCAUCGAUUUUGUUGGUAACACGAAAGAAGCCAGAACGAACAACGGAAAGUAAAAUUCCAGAGAUUAUUUACAAAAUUGGCAGGUCAAGUGAGCCAGAAAUACAAGAUAUGGAAACAGAUUGUGUCGUUACUGGAAACUUUCCAGGCAAGUUAAUUUAUCAAGAGGAGGAUUAUCUCUUCUACAGGUAUGCAGUCAAUUUGAAUCUUAAAAGCUAUGAGCAGAAAGUGGAGUAUGCAAUUAACUCGGAAUUUCGAUCAGAUUACAUGUUCUAUCUUCCUGCAAUUGAGCAGUCAAUGAAUAUUAUGUCUUAUUCAUGCAAUGGGUUUUCUCUUGGAGCGGAUAUUUCCACGUUUAAAGGUUCAUUAUGGCUUGAUGUACUCAGAAAACACAAUAAAUUGCAUUAUCACGUGAUGAUUGGAGGAGGCGAUCAGAUUUACUGCGACUCGAUUAAGUUUUCCUCACCAGAAUUUAGGCGCUGGUUAAAGCAUAUUAAAAAGCAUUCACUUUGGAAGAUGUCUUCCUCUGUGAGAGCUUCUUUAGAUCAUUAUUACUUGAAUCAUUAUGUUGAGUGGUUUGGUAAAGGAUAUAUGGAGAUUAGUCUUGGAAAGACGUGUCAGAUUCUCUUUCCCAAAGUUAUGCAUCAGAUUCCACAGGUUAAUAUGUUUGAUGACCACGAUAUUAUUGAUGGUUUCGGCUCAUAUUCAAAAUUUACCAUGUCCCAAAGCAUGUUUAAGGGUGUCGGAAGUUCAGCUUUCAAAUACUAUAUGUUAUUUCAGCAUCAUACCUUUCCCAAAGAAGAUGUUUCAAUUGAAAAAUCAUGGAUUCUAGGUACAACUCCCGGCCCAUAUAUUCAAAAGGAGUCUAGAUCUGUUUAUGCCAGAUUAGGCAAAGAAAUUGCAAUGAUUGCUCUUGACUGUCGAACAGAAAGGACCAAGAAACAGAUAUGUACGGAAAGUACUUAUAAUCAUGUGUUUUCGCGAUUGGAGAGGGAAAUUUCAUCUUCAAAAGGAGAAAUUAAGCAUCUCUUGGUGCAGUUAGGAGUUCCAAUCUGUUAUCCACGAAUGGUCUGGGCUGAGGUCAUUAUGGAAUCACCGAUAUUGUAUCCUUUGAAAUGGAUAGCAAGAAAGGGAUGGAUCUUCAAGGGUCUAGUGAAUGAGUUUGAUGGGUCAGUUGAACUUUUGGAUGACUUGAAUGAUCACUGGUGUGCGAGACAUCAUAAGGCUGAAAGAAACAGAUUUGUAUCUCGUUUAAUGAAAUUUGGAGCCGAACAUGGUAUUAGACUUACCAUUUUAAGUGGUGAUGUUCAUCUUUGCUGUUUUUCCAGGUUGUAUACAUGUGGCAAGAAAGUAAAGCAAGACCAUAUACCAAAAACGGCCGCCGAGGAUCCUCGUCUCAUUAUAAAUGUGAUUUCUUCAGCUAUUGUGAAUACUCCUCCUCCAAAUGGAAUGGCAACGAUGCUUCAAAAGAGAUCGAAGUUGCACACUUUUGAUUUGUCAACCAAAGAAGAUGUUAUUCCAUUGUUUAAACACAAAGUUCAGAAGCCUGCAAGGGGAAAUGAGUUGUUUUUUAAUUCAAGAAACUUUUCUGACUUGAUUCUUGUGAAGAAUUUAACUCAUGAUCAGCAGAAAUACUUUAAAAAUUUUAAACAAGGGGAUCUUAUUAAAGCAGGACCAAUUUCUGAGCUGGAGGUAGUUACGCCGCCAAGUGAUAAAUGUGACUGCGAGUCUACUCCUGAAACACACAAUGCUUAUCCACUUCAUCCUGAUUCUCUUCUUACUUCCUUACAUGUUGAAAUUGACAGAGAAAACACCUCAUCAGAGACACAACAGUUUCAGUUGUUGAUCCCGGCUUUAAAUGGAAAGCACAAACUUGAGCAUGUUGGUGAUAAGCAUUGGUAA